CCGUGAGAAAGGCUACGAUAAUAUGGGGAGGCUGCCUGCAAUUCUGUAUUCGUCCUAUGGAGAGCGUAUCCGCAAGGAGUCUCUGUCAGACAUAUCACAUGCCUACAAGGAGCCUCACGACGUGAGCACCUUCGUCGACUACUAUACCAGCCACCCGCUGCUGCGGCACAAACAGCGGCCCCCCUUCAACAGCUCCUAUGAGUUCGCGCAGUGCCUCUGCCCAACAUCACAACUGGUGAGAGCAGUGCCAGACAUGAGCAAACCAUGAGCAAACCACCAUUCUGUUCUGUGCUUAUGCGCACGCACUGAUAUCCAUUGCAGGCGGGCGAGAGGCAGGCCAAGAAGCUCAACAAGAGGGACCCGCACUACCACCUGCGCCCCAUCAUCGAGCCCCACUGCCAAGUCCGGCAAAACGACGCCGCCAUGAGAGGUACACAAACGCAAUAGAGGUGUGGAUCAUGCAGACAGGCUCCCUCAUCCUGUUCCUGUGUCUGUCCGUGCAGCGUCCAUCCGAGACCUUCUUUCUGUCUACCAGCCGGCCAUCCGUCGGUCGAGGUCAUCGGCCGACUUCGCCCUCUCGUCGCAGAUGAGAGAGCGGCCCUCCAAGCAGGUGGCCACCACAAACAGAAUCCCGGUCCACACCAAGCUCUACAACCACACACCCGGCAGGUGGUACCUCCCUGACGGUGACCCUGACCAGCAGUCACCCCCUGACCAUCCAGACGACCAUGGCGACAAUGGCAGAAGGAGAGACGGGACAGAGGUUGUGACGAUACGAGAGGCGGUGCUGCAUCCACCCGGUGGGGCUCUGGAGGGCGAGGACGAGUUUGUGUCCAUCCUGUCGCUGCCUUUCUGCCCGCUCAAGAGCAUGGACAGGAGCAAACCUUCUUCGCAGCUGCCGUCGUCAUAUGGUGGUGAGGGGCCGCCAGCCGCCGUGACGGCCAUGAAAAGGCCUUUCACCAGCAAUGGGAUGGUGCGGCCCUCUUCCAGGCGACAAGGGGCGAUGGACAGGACCAGCCAGAUGCCCCCCCCUCCUCCCCCUCUGGCUUUCCCCCAGCAGCAGCCUCUCACCACUCAUGACGUUUCUGUCGCCGCGCGGCCUGCCACGAGAGACGUGCACGCACAAACCAUGAUCCCGAGGAAAGAGAACAAUAGUCACAACACGAUCAGCCCUGGUGCACUCCCAGCCCAUUCAGAAGACCCUCUGGGGAUCCUGGAAGACCUCCCAAUGCAGAUAAGGUCGCUGGAGCCGUCACAUGUCCGGCAGCCGACGGUGCCGAGGCCGCGGACGGGUGUGAGUGUGCCCAACAGCAGCCAUCAUCGGUACAUGAAGAGCGCAUUCCAGCUCAGAGGGGCCAGAUAUGCGCCAAGGCACCAGAGGGAGGGGCAGCAGAGGUGUCAUGAAGGUGCUGGGGAGGAUGGGUGGCUGCUGGAGGGGUGGACUUGAUUGACUGACCGACGGGGUCAUGCAUGUGUGUGUGUGUGUGGAGGUGUGCAGUAGGUAGUC